CCGCCCGGUCUUAAAUAGAGCAACCUUGUUUUCGUGUGUCCCACUUACUCUUCACCUACCACCUUCUUCACGCUUGAUACCCAAAAGUGUAAUACGUGUUCAGUUAUCCGACAAUAUGUUCGUUUUCAAGCGUGAUGGGCGCAAAGAACGCGUGCAGUUCGACAAGAUCACAGCUCGAGUGUCCCGUCUGUGCUACGGGCUGGAUCCGGACCAUGUGGAUCCCGCUGCCAUCACAAUGAAGGUCAUUUCUGGCGUGUAUCAGGGCGUGACAACCGUCGAGCUGGACAACUUGGCUGCCGAGACAGCUGCAUACAUGACCGUCACACAUCCCGAUUACGCCAUUCUUGCGGCCCGUAUCGCCGUGUCGAAUCUUCACAAGCAGACCAAAAAGCAGUGGUCAGCCGUUGUGGCGGACCUUUACAACUACAUAAAUCCAAAGAACGGAAAGCAUCAGCCCAUGGUCUCUAAGUCAGUAUACGACAUCGUCCAGAAGCAUGCUGAUGAGCUCAACUCCGCCAUCGUGUACGACCGCGAUUUCAACUACCAGUUCUUUGGCUUCAAAACCCUCGAGCGCUCAUAUCUACUCCGGAUAAACGGGAAGGUUGCUGAACGUCCACAGCACAUGUUGAUGCGUGUGGCUGUCGGCAUCCACGGUGAGGACAUUGAGAAGGCGAUUGAGACGUACAACUACAUGUCCAACAAGUACUUCACACAUGCGUCACCCACCCUCUUCAACGCGGGGACGCCGUCGCCGCAGAUGUCAUCCUGCUUCCUCAUCGACAUGAAGGAAGACAGCAUUGAGGGUAUCUACGACACGCUGAAGACGUGUGCCCUCAUUUCCAAGACCGCUGGCGGCAUUGGUCUGAACGUUCAUCGCAUCCGUGCGACUGGCUCAUACAUCGGAGGCACCAACGGCACAUCAAAUGGACUUAUCCCUAUGCUUCGUGUGUUCAACAACACUGCCCGUUAUGUGGAUCAGGGAGGGAACAAGCGGCCGGGUGCAUUUGCCAUCUAUAUUGAGCCCUGGCACGCUGAUGUUUUCGGCUUUCUUGACCUGCGCAAGAACCAUGGUAAGGAAGAAGUCCGUGCUCGAGAUCUCUUCUAUGCCUUGUGGAUUCCCGAUCUCUUCAUGAGACGUGUGCAAGAGAACGGCGAGUGGACGCUCUUCUGUCCCAAUGAGGCCCCUGGUCUUGCUGAUGUGUACGGUGAGGAGUUUGAGGAGUUGUACCAUCGGUACGAAGCCGAGGGCCGUGGUCGUGAGACUGUGCGUGCUCAGAAGCUUUGGUAUGCCAUUCUUGAGGCCCAGACCGAGACUGGUAACCCCUACAUGCUCUACAAGGAUGCUUGCAAUCGCAAGAGCAACCAGAAGAACCUGGGCACUAUCCGCAGCUCCAACUUGUGCACGGAGAUUAUCGAGUACACGGCCCCUGAUGAGGUGGCCGUCUGCAACCUUGCGUCACUCGCACUUCCUGCUUUCGUGGACUUCAACCGCAACGCCUAUGACUUCCAGAAGCUUCAUGAAGUCACUCAGGUGGUCACUCGCAACCUCAACAAGAUCAUCGAAGUCAACCAUUACCCUGUGGAGGAGGCCCGCCGCAGCAACUUCAGGCACAGGCCGGUUGGUCUUGGAGUUCAGGGUCUUGCCGACACGUUCCUUGCCCUGCGCAUGCCUUUCGACUCGCCUGAAGCCAAGCAGCUGAACAUACAGAUUUUCGAGACCAUCUACCAUGCCGCUCUCACUGCUUCGUGCGAUCUCGCCAAAGAGCUCGGUCCUUAUGAAACGUAUGAAGGCUCUCCUGUCUCCCAGGGCAUCCUCCAAUACGACAUGUGGAACCGGACUCCCACUGAUCUUUGGGACUGGACUUCUCUCAAGGAGAAGAUUGCCCAGCACGGUGUUCGCAACUCUCUCCUGGUUGCACCUAUGCCUACGGCUUCCACCUCUCAAAUCCUUGGUUACAACGAGUGCUUCGAGCCCUACACCUCCAACAUCUACUCGCGCCGCGUCUUGGCCGGUGAGUUCCAGGUCGUCAACCCCUGGCUGCUCAAGGACCUCGUCGACAUGGGUCUGUGGUCUGACAACAUGAAGAACCGCAUCAUCGCUGAGGGCGGUUCCAUUCAGCGCAUCCCUAACAUUCCCGACGAGAUCAAAGCGCUGUACAAGACAGUUUGGGAAAUCUCCCAACGCACCAUCGUCGAGAUGGCUGCCGACCGUGGUGCCUUCAUCGACCAGUCCCAAUCCCUCAACAUCCACAUGAAGGAGCCUACCAUGGGUAAGAUCACCUCGAUGCACUUCGCCGGCUGGAAACUGGGCCUCAAGACUGGCAUGUACUAUCUCCGUACCAUGGCCGCCAGCGCCCCCAUCCAGUUCACCGUCGACCAGGAAGCCCUCAAGGUUGCCGAUACGACCGUCGCUCGCACGCUGGCACCUAGGAAGCGCCCCGUGCAAAGCGCCGGUUACUCGAGCUCUGCAGCCGCGGUCCCUCGCCCCAUGUACAUGUCCAAGACUCCCAACGGCACCGGCAACCCGACGCCUUCUGCUACAGCUGGCGUUCCCACUCCGGCUGCUACUCCACCCCCAAACUCGGAGAAUAAGCGCCUGUCAGCGACGAAAGAGAGCGCACUCGCGUCUAAGCCUUUCAAGGCCGACGUCGAAGAGGGUGAUAGCCCUAAGCUUAUUUCGUCGGAGCCGCAGGGGACACCGAUCGAUGACCAGGAGCUGCCCGAGGCUGCUGUGAAGCAGGAAGAAGAUAAAGAGGAUGAGAGCAAGGCUAGGGAUGGGGAUAUCUAUGCUGAUGCGGUGUUGGCGUGCUCGAUAGAGAAUAAGGAGGCUUGCCUCAUGUGCAGUGGUUAGAUGGGUAGGUCUUGGGCUGUGAGAGGGGAGGGAGUGUAGAUGAGAUGGGCAGGCGACUGCUUGUACUUUGUGUAUACGUUUCUGCUUCCAAGGCGUAUGGGGAUGGCGUUGGUGGUGUGUUUCCUUUUCGGAUGGUAUGAUGCGGAGGAAUGGGUUAUGAAGGUCACUUUAGGUAUUACGCGGUUUGGACUUGUGUCGCUCGUUUGAGCAGAAUAAUGUUAUGCUCUAAGUUUCAUUGGCUUGAUCUCUUUGCGAUACAUGCACAGUUUUGUACUCAUUUUCAAAUGUACUAUUUUUCGAGCCUUGCAGAAGUCCGCUUUGGGGACUUCGAACACUUCAGUCGUAGCAAUUAUAUUCCGCAC